CCUCCUUUCCGCUCCCUCUUACCUGACCCUUCCCUAGGCAGCGUCUCUUUGCCCCAAGGCCUCUCCCACAUGGCGUUACAUCUGGGCUACGGCACGGGCUCCCUGCCGGAUGCUUUGUGGGUACGAAGCUGGAAGCGCCUCCUCUCCCGCCUCGGUGGGACUCUCCUGGGUUUGGAGCAGGCUUUGGCCGCCAGAAACUCCCCGAAGCCAGAGUGGGCCCAGGGGGGUGAGAAGCCCCCCGAGACGGCGGGUGAGGAGCGGCCAACGCCCCCACAUGCCUCCCUCUUCCUGCCCGAGUUUCCUCUUCAGCCUCCAGUGCAGCAUCAGCAGCUCAAGAUUCUGGGCUUUCUGGCCAAGGGCACCUUUGGGACCGUCCUCAAAGUGCUGGACUGCACUCAGGCGAAGGUCUUUGCGCUGAAGGUGGUCCCCAAGGCGGAGGUCCUUCGCCGGGACAGCGUGAGGCAGUGCAAGGAGGAGGUCAGCAUCCAGAGGCAGGUGCGCCACCCGUUUCUCCACUGUUUAGGGGACAGCUGGCAAGGGCGGCACCACCUCUUCCUUAUGUGCAGCUACUGCAGCGCUGGAGACCUGUUCACGCUUUGGAAGUCAGCGGGGCCCCUUGCGGAAGGCGCCACCCGCCUCUUUGCCACGGAGCUGGUUCUGGUGUUGGCCUACCUUCACAGCCAGGGCAUCGUGCACCGGGACAUCAAGAUGGAAAACAUUCUCCUGGAUGAACAAGGUCACUUGAAGCUGGCUGAUUUUGGCCUUUCUCGCCAUCUGCCCCGGGGCAAGCGGGCAUUCACCAUCUGCGGGACCCUCCAGUACAUGGCCCCGGAAGUGCUGACAGGCGGUCCGUAUACUCACGCUGUGGACUGGUGGUCCCUGGGGGUGCUGCUGUUUGCGAUGGCCACUGGGCAGUUCCCGGUUCCCCCAGAGCAAGACCACGUGGCCAUGCUGCGGAGCGUGAAGCGCAGCACUUACUCCAUCCCACCCACGCUCGGCCGGGGCCUCCGCCUCCUGCUCAGCGAGCUCCUGUCCAAGGAUCCUCAGCACCGGCCGCGCCACCUCCACCAUUUCCGCGCCCACCUCUUCUUCCAUGGCAUGAGCUUCAACGCGGACGUCCUCAGGAAGCAGCCGGCAGAUUUUGCGCUGGGCUGGCAGCCACCCAAGGGCGCACCUGCGGACGCUGCCACCUUCCCUGAGUUUGACUGCGAUCUGGGGGCCCCCUGAGCCACCGGGACUCUCUGGGGCCACCAUGAGCCACUCUUGGGAGGCGCUCCUUGGUGCAGCUCCACGGACUGAGACCCAGCAGCAGGUCUCCAGGAGGGGCCCAGGGCCCAUUACCACCAGCAGACUGCUCACCACAGCGGCCCGUGGGACCUGAAUGUCCCCUUCUUCCUACCUCCGCCUCAUCUGUCUGGAUAUUAUUGUUUCAGCCUCCGCUUUGCAAGUUGCAGGCUGGUUCCCUUCGUCGCAGUGGGGUUCUCCCUCAGUCCGACGCUGUAAAUCUCUUUCCUGGGCCGCUGCAGUCGGGCCCUGCUCGGCCUUCCACGAUGCAGGCAGCCCUGCGGUUUCCUGGGACUGCUGGGGGGUGCUUGGGGAGCCACUCAGGGUGUACAGAAUAAAGAGCUCCCUCUUAGCCCUGCCUAAGUUGCUUGAAAGUGAGUCGGAGAAGCCCCUUGCUGAGGCCUGAAACUCUCCCCUUUAGGAUUUAGUUUUUCACACUUUCUUCUUUUUUCCCAUUAACGUUGAUGUUGUAUUGCACUGUUAGUACAUACGUGUGGCUUUUUCCUGUUUGUCUGAAGCAAUAAAAGAACUUCC